UCCCGCCGGUCCUCUUCCCUGGCUGUCGCCGGCGGAAGCAAGCGCAGAGGCGGCUGGCGUUCCUCACCAGUUCUGGAAGCUGCGUGCUGAGAAUCGCGCUGCAUGUCUGCCGUCCUGGCUCUGACUCACGUCCCCGGCUGCAGUCCUGCAAUCUGUUGAUAACUCUGCUGGCGAGCGGGGCGCACGGGCCCCGGGAAUGGAGACCUGCUCCCCUGCACGGCGAGCUCGCGGUGGCUCCCCGGCAACAGGCACCGUGCUGUUGCCCCUCCAGCUGUUUUUGCCAAAAUAGGUGGGUGCAGCCUCUCCACCCUCACCUGCCCCACCAGAGUCGCCCUGAGGCCCGUAGCCUGGGGCUUGACCCUGUGGCCGCUGUUUGGAACCUUGACCUUCUAGACGGCCAUGGAGGCUGGCGGGGAGAAAGGCGCGACAUAGCUGGCUCACGGGGACACCAUCUGCAUCCGGGCGCCCACCCUUCAGUAACUUCACGUGCUCAUGGAUUUGAAGAGUGUCCUCUCCCUGCCCCAGCACCCAGGGGAGUUCCUGCACCCCGUGGUGUACGCCUGCACGGCCGUCAUGCUGCUCUGCCUCCUCGCCUCCGUCAUCACCUACCUCAUGCACCAGAGCGCCAUCCGGAUCAGCCGCAAGGGCAGGCACACGCUCCUGAACUUCUGCCUGCACGCAGCCCUGACCUUCACCGUGUUCGCCGGGGGCAUCAACCGCACCAAGUACCCCAUCCUGUGCCAGGCGGUGGGCAUCGUGCUGCAUUACUGCACACUCUCCACCAUGCUGUGGAUCGCCGUGACCGCCAGGAACAUCUACAAGCAGGUGACCAAGAAGGCCCCACCCUGCCCAGGCCCAGACCAGCCACCGUACUCCCAGCAGCCCCUGCUCAGGUACCUCCCAUCCCCCAGGCUCCGGGAGUCCUGCACCUGAUGCUGGGAUCUAGGCAAAGUGGCUCACAAGGAAACAGAUACAGCAUACUGCUGGAUGGCCUGGGAGCCCAGCCUGGGCGCGUUCUACGGGCCGGCGGCCUUCAUCGCCCUGGUCACCUGCGUGUACUUCCUGGGCACCUACGUCCAGCUGCGGCGUCACCCGGAGCGCCGGUACGAGCUCAGGGAGCGGACGGACGAGCAGCAUCGGCUGACGGGGCUGGAGGCCGGCCACAGCCCCAGGGCCCCCCCAGGCGUGGCGCCCACCUGUGCCUCCCUGGCCGCCUCGCUGCUGCAGAACGAGCACUCGCUCAAGGCCCAGCUGCGGGCCACGGCCUUCACGCUCUUCCUGUUCACGGCCACGUGGACCUUCGGGGCCCUGGCCGUGUCACAGGACCACUUCCUGGACAUGGUCUUCAGCUGCCUGUACGGCGCCUUCUGCGUGACGCUGGGGCUCUUCGUGCUCAUCCACCACUGCGCCAAGCGGGACGACGUGUGGCACUGCUGGUGGUCGUGCUGCCCUUCCCGCCGGGACACCCAGGCCUCGAAGCUCAGUGCCCACCACACGCUCGACGCCAAUGGGGACGCACUGGGGCACGCCACCUGCCUGCAGGACUCGCCUUGUGUUGGCAAGCCACGGGGUUUUGGGCACCCGCCGGCCGGCCACUGCAAGAUGACCAACCUGCAGGCCUCCCAGAGCCACGUCAGCUGCCUGUCGCCGGCCACGCCCUGCUGCGCCAAGAUGCACUGUGAGCAGCUGAUGGAGGACAUGGCCCACGUCCACCUGCACGAGGAGGACGCGUUUGGGCACGACCUGCACCUGCACCGGUGCCUCCAGGGCAGAACUAAGCCUCGCUACUUCAGCCGGCACAGGGCGGCCGCGGCCGAGCAGGAGUACGCCUACCACAUCCCGUCCAGCCUGGACGGCAGCCCCCACAGCUCACGCACAGACAGCCCUGCCAGCUCGCUCGAGGGCCCGGCGGGGAUGCACACGCUGGCCUGCUGUGCCCAGGGCGACCCCUUCCCCUUGGUCAGCCAGCCCGAGAGUGGCAACAUCAGUCCCACACUCUACGGCUGCACCCCGCGGCCCGGCAGGGAGGUUGGCCGAGGCCCCGCCCACUUUGAGAUGCUCCAGAGGACACAGUCCCUGCCCUUUGGGGGCCCUGGCCAGAACGGGUUGCUCAAGGGCGACGUGUGCGAAGCCGUGCCUUACGGUGCCGACAGCACAGGCAACAUCCGAACGGGGCCCUGGAAGAAUGAGACGACUGUGUAGCCGCCGUGCCACCCACCCCAGGCGAGCGUCAGAGCAGAGAGGGACCCUCUCCCACGUGAGGUCGGCAGG